GCCCCGCCGCGGUGCCGGUGAUGCGCUCGCUCCCGGCUCCCGGGAGCCCCGGCCGCUGAAUCGGGAGUCGCCGAGCAGGAGGACUCUAACUCCGGAAGGAACCUAUUGUUUCUGUGAUGGUGUGUGAGGUCUGACUCCCAAAACAUUGUCUGACCUCUGACCCGUCAGGAUGGGGAGGAUUGGAAUCUCCUGUCUUUUUCCUGCUUCCUGGCAUUUUAGCAUCUCUCCAGUGGGGUGCCCUCGAAUUCUGAAUACCAAUUUACGCCAGAUUAUUGUUAUUAGCAUUCUGGCUGCUGCUGCUUCACUCUUAUACUUCUCUGUGGUCAUAAUCCGAAAUAAGUAUGGGAGGCUAUCCAGAGACAAGAAAUUUCAAAGGUACCUGGCACGAGUUACUGACAUUGAAGCUACAGACACUAAUAACCCCAACGUGAACUACGGCAUUGUGGUGGACUGUGGUAGCAGCGGGUCUCGAAUAUUCGUCUAUUGCUGGCCAAGGCAUAAUGGCAAUCCUCACGAUCUUUUAGAUAUCAGACAAAUGAGGGAUAGAAACCGAAAGCCAGUGGUUAUGAAAAUAAAACCUGGCAUUUCUGAAUUUGCUACCUCUCCAGAGAAAGUCAGUGAUUACAUUUCCCCGCUCUUGAACUUUGCUGCAGAGCACGUGCCACGGGCAAAACACAAAGAGACUCCUCUCUACAUUCUCUGCACAGCUGGAAUGAGAAUCCUUCCCGAAAGUCAGCAGAAAGCCAUCCUGGAAGAUCUGCUGACUGACAUCCCCGUGCACUUUGACUUUCUGUUCUCGGACUCUCAUGCCGAAGUAAUUUCAGGAAAGCAGGAAGGUGUGUAUGCUUGGAUUGGCAUUAAUUUUGUCCUUGGACGAUUUGAGCAUAUUGAAGAUGAUGAUGAGGCCAUUGUGGAAGUUAACAUUCCUGGUAGUCAGAGCAGCGAAGCCAUCCUCCGCAAGAGAACAGCUGGUAUUCUCGACAUGGGAGGCGUGUCGACUCAGAUAGCAUAUGAAGUCCCCAAAACUGUAAGCUUUGCCUCCUCACAGCAGGAGGAGGUAGCUAAGAACUUGUUAGCUGAAUUUAACUUGGGAUGUGAUGUUCACCAAACUGAGCAUGUGUACCGAGUCUAUGUGGCUACAUUUCUGGGGUUUGGUGGCAAUGCUGCUCGACAGAGAUAUGAAGACAGAUUAUUUGCCAACACAGUUCAGAAGAACAGGCUCCUGGGGAAACAGACUGGCCUGACUCCUGAUGCCCCGUACCUGGACCCCUGCUUACCCCUGGACAUCAAAGAUGAAAUUCAGCAAAAUGGACAGACCCUGUACCUCCGAGGAACAGGAGACUUUGACCUGUGUCGAGAGACUCUCCAACCUUUCAUGAAUAAGACAAACGAGACACAGACUUCCCUCAAUGGGGUCUACCAGCCCCCAAUUCACUUCCUGAACAGUGAAUUCUAUGGCUUUUCUGAAUUCUACUAUUGCACUGAGGAUGUGUUACGAAUGGGGGGAGACUACAAUGCCGCCGCAUUUACUAAAGCUGCAAAGGAUUAUUGUGCAACAAAGUGGUCGAUCUUGCGGGAACGCUUUGACCGAGGGUUGUAUGCCUCUCACGCUGACCUCCACCGGCUAAAGUAUCAGUGCUUCAAAUCUGCCUGGAUGUUUGAGGUGUUUCAUAGGGGCUUUUCAUUUCCCACCAACUAUAAAAAUUUAAAGACAGCAUUGCAAGUUUACGACAAGGAGGUUCAGUGGACCCUCGGAGCGAUCCUUUACAGAACCCGCUUUUUACCCUUAAGGGAUAUCCAGCAGGAGACCUUCCGAGCCAGCCAUGCCCACUGGCGGGGCUUCUCCUUCGUUUACAAUCACUACCUGUUCUGGGGCUGCAUCCUGGUGGUCCUGCUCUCCAUCCUCCUCUACCUGCUGCGGCUGCGGCGCAUCCACCGGCGGACUCUCCGGAAUGGCUCUGCCGCCGCCCUCUGGCUGGAGGAAGGCCUCCCUGCACAGAAGAUGGUGGGCCCCCUCUGAGCCAGGCAGAGAGCUCCAGGGAGACUUUCUACAGGAAAAGCCAUUUUUGCCUCAGGGGUUCUCUUUAUUCUCCUCUGGUGUCAUUUUUCCGUUCCCUCUUUAGUCUUUGAAACAAAAACAAAAUCCAUUGUCUGUGAAUUCUGCUGUCCUGCAAGUGUUGCAUUUAGCCAGUUUGUAUACAGCUUUAAAUCGAGGAGCAGGAAAAAGGGAAAAUCACUUGAUUUUUGCUGCAUAGGAUAUCAACCAAAAAUUGCUAAGAUUUUUGGUCUUUCUUUAAGGUAUGUUGUAUUUUAAGAAGAUGCACUUUGAUAUUGGAGGAAAAUGGCAAAGAUGUUUCUGUCAGUGGAGAUGGGACUGAAGAGUGAGACUUUUACAGAACCAAAAAUCUUAUUGACUAAAUUGUCAUCUGCUUUUUCGCUGUCUUGAAAGUUCUCAUCUAAAGAGGGUGAUGUUUAUUGAGUUUUUAUUUAUUAUUCCAGUCUGUCACUGUUUUCUUUGUAGGCUUAAAAAAUCAAAACCAUCUAUGUCCAAAAUAGAGAAAUAUACAUAAAAGAGAGUAGCUAUUUUUAAAAUUGAUAGUGAAGAGACCUGAAAAAUGUGAAUUAUUGACUAAAGCUGUGUGUGUGUGAGUAAAAAUGCCAGUGAAUGAGGGAAUGCAGCGUUCAUUCUUUUAAAAACACGUAAGAAUUUAGUUUCAUUAUUUUCCUUUUUCCUAAAUUCCCCUUAUUACCUUUUCUUGACCAUAGGAAAUUAUUUUCUGUGGUCCACCUUUCAGUGACUGUUGAGCAGGGUUUGAAGAGUUUGAAAAACUCAAAUUUCACUGGAUUAGAUGUUAUGAGAACUAGACAGGCAAUUCCAGACAGGAAAGGGUCUGAAUUUAAUAUAAGAAUAAGUUCAUAUUUUGAAGAAAACAAGUUUGGCAUUUGAAACAAAAACCUAAAAGGAUCACUAGAGAUUGCUUGGUUUUCACAUGUUAAUUUAGAAGCUUGAGAAUUCUCAUACAUAGUUCUUUUCGGUGAAGUUCUUUGUGUGUGUGUGUGCAUGUGUGCCAUUUCUUACUCCAGAACAGGUAAAUUUGUCUAAUUGUUAGCAAGUCUGUCUUUUGAGAACCGUCAGUUGCUUUUUAAAAAAUCUUUGAUUAGAGAAAGAACUCAGAUUGGUUCUAAAGCUCUUAUUUAACUUAGGGGAAAAGUUGGAUUUUAUCUUGUCUGUUAAUUACUUAAAAACAUGAUAUGUACUGUCUAUGGGUGACUUAAAAGAUUACAAACUUAUGAAAGAUGCAAAUGCUGUCACUCUGCCCUUCAUAAUGAAUAUUCUAGCUAAGAAAAAUUAUUGGAAAGGUAAUUUUGAAGUAAAUUUUCGAGGCAGGAUUCUCUCAAAUAUAUGGAAAAUUGGAGGAUCCAUGUGUACCCAUCUAAUGGAUACAGAAUCUUGUUUCUUUGAAGAUGGGGUCAAAGAUUCUUAUAAAAAUACAGCUUUUGAAAUCUUCAUCUUUGGCCAUUUAACUCCUUGGUCCCUGGUAAACACUGCUCCUUAUCAAGACCCAGCCACAAAUUAGCUGUGUCCUAGACACCCAAGAAGUAGAGUCAGCUGCCUGCUUCUCCUUGAGCCCUUAGAUGGGGUUUUCCUGUAGACUCUGGGUGAUACUAGUGGUGAAAAGGAAGUUUAUAUUUCAGGUUUUCUGCCACCAGCCUAUUGAAGCAAUAAGGGUUUAAUCUGUAGGAUUAUUAUGUUCAAAUGCCUCAAGUGUGGGGGUUUAUCAUUAAAAGGCAAGGCAAGGAUAAGCUAGCAUAGGCACAGAUUUGAAUAGGCCUUAAUUAAGACUUCCUACUGUAAAUAGCCACUUUUUAAAUACAGGAUGCCAGUUUGGUCCAUUCUUCACUGUUUGGGGCAUAGAGACAAAUGCAGAGGAUUUCUGCUUGAAGCCUGACCUCACGAUCCCUCUGCAAGGACCUACCUCACUCUCCACAAGAAAUCCCCAAAUUAGGGUUCCAAGGCCCAAACAACCUUAUAGGUAAUAGAGCUGAGUACCCACGUUUCUCUGCAAAGAGUUCCUUAGAUCAGGGCAUGGCACACAUGCCCACAAGGAAAAUGUAGAAGACCCUUGAGCUGAGAAUGGUUUUCAAUUUUUAAAGGAUUGUUAAAGAAAAAAGGUAAACAGUGUUCAGCAGAGGCUAUGGGUAGCUUCCAGAGGCUAUAAUACGUUACAAAUGAUCCUUCACAGAGGACAUUUGCCAACCUCUGUGUGAGUAGCCCAGUUGAAGAAAGGACACUGGCCCACCUCAGAAAUACCACACGUUUGGUUCCAGACACCGCAGUGAAGCUACAUAGCAAUAGAGUCAGGGCAUUUUUUGAAUUUUCAGUACACAGGACAGUUAUGGUUAUACCAUACUAUAACCUAUUACGUGUACAAUAGUAUUACGUCUAAAUGUAGGCACCAAAAUUAACACAGACAUGAAGUCAGCACACAUUGUUCGAAAAAUGACCCCACUAGACUCUCCAAGCAGGGUCGCCACAAACUUUCACUUUGCAAAAAAUGCAAUCUCCGUGAAGUGCAAUAAAGCAACGUGCAAUAAAGCGAAGUCUGCCUGUAUCUGGUAGCAUCCUUUUCAGAAAGGGCGCUACCAUUUGUGGACACAAACAGAUGGGCAAAACAAUGGACAAAAGUGUAAUCUUAAGUAUUUGUGAUAUUUUUUAUGAACUAGAAUUUCACUUACCUCCUAAUUUUCAAGAUCAGUUUUCUAACAAACCAGGGAAGGUGUCUGCCCCCACACCCCCCACAGUAUAACAAGUGCUGUUCAGGAGGACUCACCAAGUUGUGCUGAGAGUCUGUGGUCAGGAGGUCUCUCCCAGGCACGCACUUAAGUGAUGCAGGGCCAGGCUGGGCGAGAGGAGCGGGCUUCUGGAUAUUGACUCAGGAGAAUGAAGAUCAGCUAAGGCCUGGCCAAAAAGACAGUAAACUCAACACUUGUAAUAAAGAGCAAAAGAAAUUGGGCUGGAGAAGUCUGAAAAGCCUCAUCCAGAGACGCUGUGUGUUCAGCCUUGGACGCGCCUGCGCUCAGUGCUCCUGUUCUGGCACCAGGUGCUGCCCCUCUUUAAGCCUCCAGAGGAUGUUCUCAGAUUUUGCAAUUCAUUUAAGGACAUCACGGUAAAAGUAUAAAUAUUGACUUGUACCAGUGGCUUUUGCACAUUUUCACCCCUAAAUUGCUGGCUUUAGGCAGCGCUUUCCAACCUGAGGAAGCACUUUCUAAACCGGGAAGACUGCCUGUGGCUCAGCCUGGCUGCCCUGGAGACCAAGAUAACUAGUUCCCACCACUGUCCACACCUGUGCGCUCAGGUGGGCAAACUCUAGGUUAACACAGAUUUACAUUUUAAACUCAGGCUUACACAGAAUAGUUAUCCUUAUAAGAAGCCUGCAUCACUUAGCAAGAAACUAAAAAGGCAAAUGUGUUUCCCAAACUUAAAAAGACUUUAGAAUUUUGUGUGGUAAUGUGCAAUGCAGCAAAACCACCUAUAAGUAAAUUAUUUAGUUCUGUUUCAGUGGUUUAUGGUAUUUUUCCCUCUCAAUAAUGAGUGUUGUGAUCAACCAAGGAGAAUCUUUGUUUUGUUACUAAGACUAUACAGUUGGGAAUUAUAAAAAAUUAAGGAAACAUCUUUAAAGGUUUUAUUUAUUUAUUACCUUGAAUGUUUUCCAUUCAAGGUAAGAAUAAUUUUUUGGGGGGGCGGUGGAUCUUGUGGUGUCAUACACUUUCCAUAUGUGGCAAACUCGUGGCUACACUUAUACAGUGAGUGUUAAGAAUCAAUAAAAUGAAAGUUCAUCCAAUGACCCAACAGCUCUGAGCAUUCUUCUUGUGAUUCCAGUAGAUUUCCCCUGAAGUUUAUAUCUUUUUACCUGUUGGAAUGCCUGAAUGGACUUGAAUGUAAACUCAGUAAAAUACACUGGGCAAGUGUGCUGGCACCCUGUGCAUUUGCUGCGCACGAUCACAGUGAACGUGGCCUUGUGCACAUGAGGGGAGGAGGUGGUGUGUCCUGAAGCGCAGAAACGAAAUAUUUCACAAGAAGAAAUAGUCACCGAAGUGUACUAUUAAGCCAUCCCCGCCAAUAAAGGCCAGAGUAAGACUACUCUUCAUAAGGUUUAUUUUAAAGUACCUGUUUACUACAUGUAUCGACAAGGAAAAAAGAAUGAAAUGAACCAACUUUUAUG